AUGUCUCUCGAAACUAUCACCCUCGAGCAUCUCCCCUCCUCAUACAAGGUCCACGCCGUUCUCUUCCGUGACGUCAAGAACGCGCCGUUCCUGCAUCAGCAACUUCUCUCAAGGAACGGGGAUUUCGAGUACGGUCUCGUCGAUGCCUCUAUCGUUGUGUCACGACUUCAACUUCUCUCGGCUGUAUUUAAGGCAGCGGUCAACGCAGUAAAUGGCACGCUCAAGACCCCCAAUGUCCACUCGGAGGUUGUGGUAGCUCUCAACUCGUCUAGCAAUAUUACCGAGUCAUACCGCCGCUUCGGUAUUUCCCCGUCCACAAAAGACCUCAUCGCUAUCAAAAUCACAUUCCCGGCCGAAGACGGUACUCCGCCCCUCAACAGCGAGCAGAUCUGGGAACACUUGAAAGCCAAUGUCGAAGGCGAAGCUUUGGAUCUCACAGACGACAACAUUUCCGCCGUGACGGACCUUGCCAAAGUGCGCAAGUACUACAAGCUCAACGGUCUUAAAUGGCUUGACGAUAUUAGAGAUGAGAAGCUGAAGCAGAAGGAGAUGGAAAUGUUGGUCAUGGGGGGGAUGGCCUUGCGCGGAGUAUGA